AUGCAAACCGGCGACUCAAGAUUACCUUUGGCAUACGCAGGCUCAGCGGCGCAGCCGUCCGCGACGGAAUCGCAGAAUUGGCUGCCAUUCUUUCAUGUCUACCCUUUGGCAUAUAAGAAGGCGAGCUUGCCCGAAGGACCAGGACAUUCACUUCCAGCUCUUUCACUCUACGAUAUGACCAGUCAAACCAAGCGCCUCAGCGUCGCCAUCUCCGGUGGAGGCAUUGCUGGUCUUACUUUGGCUCUGGCCCUCUCCGAGUACCCCGAAAUAGAGGUCCACAUCUUCGAAGCUGCACACUCCCUGGCAGAAGUCGGCGCGGGCGUGGCCGUCUUCCCGCGUCCAUGGAGCAUCCUCCGUCGCCUUGGGGUCGACGAGGAGCUGAUCAAGACAUGCGAUGUCGAGCUUCAGGAUGGUCCAUCACCCUCCUUCCACUACCGAAAGAGCAACCAGGCGGUUGGGCUCCAGUUCGCGACACUCGUCACCACCGGCACGUGCUCGAUGAUAACUUUAUACCGCGCCGACUUCCAGGCCGCGCUCCUCGGCCAUCUCCCCGACCGCGUUCAAAUCCAUUACUCGAAGCGGCUGCACAGCUUCGACGACCGUCAGCCCGGCCCCGUGCAGCUCGUCUUCUCAGACGGAACCGCUGCUUCUUGCGACAUUCUAGUUGGUGCAGAUGGCCUGAAGUCGGCAACACGAGCAGGCGUGCUGGCUAGACAUAUCGACGAUUUGCGGCGUGAGGGGCGGGAGGAUGAUGCUGCAGAAGCGGCCUCGUGUAUCGAGCCAUGGUGGAGUGGACACAUCGCAUAUCGUGCUCUGAUACCCAAGGAACGCCUGCGAGAGGUCUCGCCAAACCAUCAGGCCCUGACGGAGCCAAUGCAGUAUCUAGGCAAGAACGGGUAUAUCAUCGCGUACCCGAUCUCGCACGGGAAAAUAAUCAACAUCGUGGCAUUCGACAUGCGGCACGACCUCGAAAACACCAAGUUCGACGGGCCGUGGGUGCAGCACGCAGAUAAAGAGCACUUUACCCAUAUAUUUGCGAAUUGGGAGCCCGAGGUGCAGGCCCUCGUUAAUUGCGCAGAGAAUCCCUUGGCGUGGGCGAUCCACACGGUGAAGCCUAUGCACUCGUUCGUGUCUGAGUCAGGGCGUGUCGCGCUCAUUGGCGACGCGGCACAUGCGAUGACGCCGCAUCAAGGAUCGGGAGCCGGACAAGCCGUCGAAGACGCUUACAUCCUCGCCCGCAUUCUUGGACACCCGUCAACAACCGUCGAGAAACUUCCCCGUGCGCUCCGCAUAUUCGACCAAGUCCGGCGUCCCGCGGCGCAGCACGUGGGGCGUGUCUCGCGGCUCGCGGGGCGCUACUUCUCGUUCGAGCUCGACGGCACUGGCAAGCACGUCGACUUCGCGGCGGACUUCGGGCAUGCUGGUGUUGGCAUCGACCCUGCCGGUUGGGAGAUUUUACAACAGAUUUAUAAACAGGUGGAGGAUAAUUGGAGAUGGGCGUGGACAACCUCUGUCGAUGACGUGGAGCAGGAAGUCGUCAAGUUGCUCGAGGAUCCGGAGAAUUAA